CCUCCCGGUGCUGAUUGACAGCAUUCCAGCAGAGGGCCAACAUUUGGCUGUGAACGCAAACAACGUUCGAAGGGAGAGAAACUCCACAAGCCACGGCAACCUAACUAAGGAUAGAUCCCCAAGAGUCUUUUUUAGGAAUCCGCCGCUGGGAUAUAUAUAUAAGUCUCAAAUCUAAGCGCGCACCCCGCUCUGGACCACUGGUAGUUCACUGCUGAAUAAGAGCGGGAUUGGCUUUCGGCCUGGAGCGUUGGCACCAUGGCUGACCGUGUUAUCCCCAACGACCCGUUUUCGGGUCCCAACUCGCCCAAGCCCUCGUCUACACAGAUGCCCUCGGACGAGUUUUCAGACGAUGGCAACGAGGACGGCCUACCGCAGAAUGGUGCUGGAUCCGACAAUGAAUCAGAGGCGGGCGCCGGUCACGACGACGAGGCCGAUCUGGAGAUGGGCAUGCUGGCUCGUGACAAGCAGAGGAGGACGACCUUCUAUGACCCCGUUGCGGAGCGCCACAUGUCGCAGACGGACGCCAAGCUCUUUUAUCAGCGGAGCCAGCGCGAGCGGCAGAAGGCCGGCAGCAGCACCCCGUGGGGCGAGGGCAGCCCCGUCAUCGCAGGACGCGCGGGCCCGUCCCUGGACGACCUGGCCCACGGGCCGCUGCCGCCGUCGCACGACCUGGCGUCGAGCCCCCUGCUGCACGGCAUCGCCUCCGGUUCCGACGCGGGCACCAAGCGGGACGGUGGCUUCCUUCCCCUGGAUGCCCUCCGCAGCCACGGCAGCCAGACCCAGGUCAACCAGCUUGCCGCGCAGCUGGCCGGGCUCGCGUCGACCAAGUCCUUUGGCCCUGAGGGCCGGACCGGCGGCAGCACCGCCAACCUCAACGUCCCGGUCGUGCCGGGGGUCAACGCGCCGGUCGGCAUUGGUAGUACCACAUUCACCGACGCCGACCCCCAGGUCACGGCCGAGCUGGCCUUGAUAUUCAAGAGCGUCAAGAGCAUCCUCGACCUCCGGCACAAAUAUCUAGCCAUCUCGCUGCAGCGGCAGGACGACAACCCCAAGGAUGACCCGAACUGGAACAUCUACCCGCCGCCCCCUGUGCCGGCCUGGAUCGAGGCCCGCGAUAGAGCCGCGGGCGAGGCGCAACAGGCAAACAGCGUGGGCAACAGCCUGGCAAACAGCAUGGUCCUGGGCGCCGAGUCCGAGGCGUCCAAGCACGCCAGGAAACGCAAGCCGGGCCAGGAAAUCGGUGGGGAUUUUGUGCUGGAGGAGGCGCUUCCCGUGCCGGGCGCGUGCAGCAUGAGCUUCCGACUUGAUGGGAACAGCGUUUACCAAGUUUAUGAAAACCCCGAGGCGGAGGAGGCCGAGGAGCCAACCUUGAAGGUCCCCACGAUACGCGAGUUUUACAUGGACCUUGACAAGAUCCUGUCGGUGGCCGCCGACGGCCCGAGCAAGAGCUUCGCGUACCGGCGGCUCCAGUACCUCGAGGGCAAGUUCCGCCUGUACACGCUCCUCAACGACUACCAGGAGACGGCCGACAGCAAGCGGGUGCCGCACCGCGACUUCUACAACGUGAGGAAGGUGGACACGCACGUGCACCACUCGGCCUGCAUGAACCAGAAGCACCUGCUGCGCUUCAUAAAGAGCAAGAUGAAGAAGUGCCCGGACGAGGUGGUGCUCUUCCGCGACGGCAAGCACCUCACGCUGGCCGAGGUGUUUGACAGCAUCAACCUGACGGCCUACGACCUGAGCAUCGACACGCUGGACAUGCACGCGCACACGGACUCGUUCCACCGCUUCGACAAGUUCAACCUCAAGUACAACCCCGUCGGGGAGUCGCGCCUCCGCACCAUCUUCCUCAAGACGGACAACACCAUCCAGGGCCGGUACCUGGCCGAGAUCACCAAGGAGGUGAUUGCGGACCUGGAGUCGAGCAAGUACCAGAUGGUCGAGUGGCGCAUCUCCAUCUACGGCCGGUCGCUCGACGAGUGGGACAAGCUGGCGGCGUGGGUGGUGGACAACAAGCUCUUCUCGCACAACGUGCGCUGGCUCAUCCAGAUCCCGCGCCUGUACGACGUGUACAAGGCCAGCGGCAUGGAGAACAUGGAGCAGGUGAUCCAGAACCUCUUCCAGCCCCUGUUCGAGGUGUCGAGGGACCCGCAGAGCCACCCCAAGCUGCACAUAUUCCUGCAGCGCGUCAUCGGCCUCGACAGCGUCGACGACGAGAGCAAGGUGGAGCGCCGGCUCUUCAAGAAGUUCCCCGUGCCCCGGGUCUGGGACUCCAAGCAGAACCCGCCCUACAGCUACUGGAUCUACUACCUCUUCGCCAACAUGUCGUCGCUCAACUUUCUGCGGCAGAAGCGCGGCUUCAACACGUUUGUGCUGCGGCCACACUGCGGCGAGGCCGGCGACAGCGAGCACCUGGCCGUGGCCGCGCUCUGCUCCCACAGCAUCAGCCACGGGCUGCUGCUGCGCAAGGUGCCGAUCCUGCAGUACGUCUACUACCUGGACCAGAUCGGCAUCGCCAUGUCGCCGCUGAGCAACAACGCGCUCUUCCUGGCCUACGAGCGCAACCCGUUCCACCAGUACUUCAAGCGCGGCCUCAACGUGUCGCUCUCGACCGACGACCCGCUCCAGUUCGCCUUCACCAAGGAGCCCCUGAUCGAGGAGUACGCCGUCGCCGCGCAGAUCUACAAGCUCAGCUCGGUCGACAUGUGCGAGCUCGCAAAGAACUCGGUCAAGCAGAGCGGCUACGAGCGGUCCGUCAAGGAGCAGUGGCUCGGCUCCGACUUUGACAAGCCGGGGGCUCUGGGCAAUAGCAUGGUCAAGACCAACGUGCCUGACAGGAGGGAGGAGUUUAGAUACAAGACGCUGCUUGAGGAGCAGAACAUGGUGGAAAAAUAUGCCUCAUACACUGUAGACGCGAACGGCAAGCUUGUUGUCCCGGACGUCAGUGUGAAGGAUACGCCGGCAGAGCCGGACAAGGUUUCGCCGUCCCUCAAUGCGCCAGGCGGCGACCAGGGCCAGACCGACCAGGACGUGGUGGGAGGCAGCAGCAGCAGCGGCGGCGGCGGAGCGGCGGCAGCGAUGGGCCCCGCCAAGAGCGUCCGCGAGGGGACCGCGGCGGCCCCUCCCUCCUGGCCGGCGGACGGGGCGGCCGAAGAUCUGCACCUAUCGGGCAUCCAGCCGAGGUUCUUCCCGGGCGUCGUGGCUAGAAGCCAGACGCGGGGAGGGACCAGGCAAAGCUCGAUGCACGAGUCUGACGAUGCGGCAUCGGCGGCGGCGGCGGCGGCGGCGGGAAGGACCCCGAGAGGUUAGGCAGAGGUGAAAAGCUAUGGUUUCGGGGCUGAUGAAGGGGUGACACGGCGAUGCUAUCUAAAUCCUUGGGGGGACAAUUUCAACCAUCUGCGAUGUGUUUUCGGAAUGGAUAGAGGACUGGAUGGGGGGAAAUGUAACGGACGGGCUGGGUAAGGUAGUCAGGUUAGUUUAGGGGUAGUUGGUGCGAUGAGAAAUAGGCAAAUGCUUUGAUUUGAUAUCUGCGAGGACAGACCAGAGACACAUGCAAAUCCGCAAAUCUACAGGCAACC